AUGGUUUCAGACCAUCAUUUGGAGUCAAAGAGAAAUAUGUUCCCUUCCAACCUGGUGGAGGCUUCCUUCCAGCAGUAUCGGACUGUCCUCAUCCCCGUCGUGAAAUCCUCCGGGGUCCCGAAGAAGGUCAGCUCCUCUUUCAGCUUCAUUUACUUGGUGCCCGAUCCCGGGAACCCGGAGAUCCAGCGUCCCGUUUUGCUGGAGAUCACUCCCUCGCCAGAGAUGAUCUACGAGGCUCUCCCUGGGAGCAACAACGAGAUGAAUGUCCUGGGCAUCGUCCUCUUCUCGGCCACGGUCGGCCUCCUCCUGGGGAAGAUGGGGGAGCGCGGGGCGCCCCUGGUUAACGUCUGCCAGUGCCUGAAUGAGGCCGUGAUGAAGAUCGUGGCCAUGGCGACAUGGUACUUCCCCUUCGGGAUCGUCUUCCUGAUCGCCGGGAAGAUCUUGGAGAUGGAGAACCCAACGCUGACGGGAAAGAAGCUGGGCCUCUACGCCAUGACGGUGGUGAUCGGGCUGGCCAUCCACGCCCUCUGCGUCCUGCCCCUCCUCUUCCUCAUCCUGACCCGGAAAAACCCCUUCGCCUUCAUCCGGGGGAUCCUCCAAGCGCUGCUGAUCGCCCUGGCCACCUCCUCCAG